AGAGAUGAGCAGGGUUUGCUGCGUCACUGGAGCUGCCGGCUACAUCGGCUCCUGGCUCGUGAAGAAGCUCCUCGACAGAGGCUGCAUCGUCCAUGCAACCUUGCGAAACCUCGCGGAUGAGAAGAAGACCGCGCUGCUGCGGGCGCUCCCCGGCGCGGCGGAGCGGCUGGUGCUGUUCCAGGCGGACAUGUACGACGCCGCCACCUUCGAGCCGGCCAUCGCCGGCUGCGAGUUCGUCUUCCUCGUCGCCGCGCCGAUGAUGCAUGACAUCCCCGCCGGGAGAUCCAAGGACGCCACCGAAGGGAUCGUCGGCGCCAUGCGCACCAUUCUGCAGCAGUGCGAGCGGUCCAAGACGGUGAGGCGUGUCAUCCACACCGGCUCCGUCGUCGCGGCGGCGCCGCUCAAGGAGGACGGCCAAGGGUUCAAGCGCUUCGUUGAUGAAUCCUGCUGGACCCCGCUCAAUCUGUCCUACGGCUACGCCAGCAACGAAGUCCUGGACGCCUACGUGUCCUCCAAGACUCUGUCCGAGAAGGAGUUGCUGCGCUACAACGACUCGCCGGGCAAGGCGUUCGAGGUCGUGACCCUGCUGUGCGGCCUCGUUGGAGGCGACACGCUGCUGCCGGACGUGCCCGGCAGCAUACGGAGCGUGGUGUCGCCCCUCACCGGCGACGAGACGUGGCACGGCGGGCUCAAGUUCAUGCAGGCCCUCCUCGGCGCUGUGCCGCUGGUGCACGUCGACGACGUAUGCGAGGCGCACGCCUUCUGCAUGGAGCGCCCGGCGCCCGUCGCCGGCCGGUUCCUCUGCGCCGCCGGCUACCCGAACAUGCGCGGCAUCGUGGAUCACUACUGCCGCAAGCACCCGGAGCUGAAGCUGCGGAUCAAAGAGGUCGCAGGAGAGGGAGUGAGAGUCCAGCCUGCCACUGACGACAGAAGCAAGCUCGUGGACAUGGGAUUCAAGUACAGGCAUGGAGUAGAGGAGGUGAUAGACGGCGGCGUGGAGUGCGCAAAAAGGCUUGGACUGCUGUGAUGCAUGGUGUGUUCAUGCUUGCAGUUUUGUGUACCCAGGUUUCAUAGCUGAUUUGUAGCAACCGGAGCGCUAUCACGCAUAAUCCUGUUCCUAAUCUCUCUAUCAUUGUUGCUAUAAACCUGUUCUUGAGAUAUGGAAGGGAACGUGCCUGUAUCGAGUGUUUUUACCUGAA